CAGUCUUAACUUUAUUUCCUUCUCAUCACACAUUUAUUCAUUUGUUUUGACACAAUAAAAAAAAAAAAACGUUAUUAAUUUGUUUUGUCUUUUGACCUUUCAAACAACCAAUCAAAUUAAAGGAUUGGGUUUUUUGAAUUUAAUUUGAAAUUUCAAAAUGAUUGUGAAAUUUUUAAGUGUGACAUCGAUCUUAUUAGUUAAUUAUGUGGUCAAAACAUCGGUAAGUUCACCAUCGUUAAAACAAGUUGAUCGAUCAUUACAUGUGCGUAGUUUACCACCCAUUAAUGGGAUACAAAGUAAUAUUUAUGAAGUGUAUAUGGAACCAUAUGGAUUUGAACUAGGACCGAUACUUGCAUCAGCAGUUAUUCGUCCAAAUGGUGGAAAUUUAUCGGGAGGUAAACAAGAUGCCGCCAAUGUUGGUAUCAAGGUGAAAGGUGAACUAUUAUUACGUCAAACACAUCCACCACAUGGUCCCGUACAAAUUGUUGGAAAUAUAACUGGAUUACCACCAGGUUUACAUGGUUUCCAUGUUCAUCAAUUUGGUGAUAUUCGUGAAGGUUGUACGUCAUGUGGCGAACAUUUUAAUCCAUUUAUGGUUCCACAUGCUGGUAAAAAUGAUCCAAUUCGACAUGUUGGUGAUCUAGGUAAUAUUUUAGCUGAUGCUGAAGGUAAAGCUGAAGUAAAUGUUAUGGACAGUUAUCUAACACUCAAACAUGGCCCACGUUCAAUAAUUGGUCGUGCUAUUGUUAUCCAUGAACUUGCCGAUGAUUUAGGACGUGGUCAUACUGCUCAAAGUGUACAAAGUGGUUCAUCUGGAAAACGUUUAGCAUGCGGUAUUAUUGCCCAUGUUAAUUGAUUUUAUUUUUUGUUUGUUUUAUCCAAAAUUGUAUUUAAAAAGUUGUUUUCCACCAAAGUAUUUUAUUUUUAUGAUU